AUGGAUGGUAAUAGAAGAUAUGCCAAAGCAAACAACUUGCCGUUACAGGGUGGCCACAAUGCUGGUGCUAACAGCUUAUUUGACGUCUUAGACGCUUCAUACAACAUCGGUAUCAAAUACAUUACUAUUUAUGCUUUUUCUAUAGAAAACUUCAACAGAUCACAAGCUGAGGUGGAUACAUUACUUGGAAUGCUUAGAGAUAAAUUAAAGCUAAUGUCUGACAGAGAAGACUCUUAUGCAAGAUUUAACAAAGUUAAAAUUUGUAUAGUAGGAAACAGGUCAAUGAUACCAGAAGAUAUUUUGAAAGAUUUGGAAAAGAUCGAAGAAAAGACUAAGCAAGCAAAAUCCGGAAAAGUAUUAAAUGUCUGCUUUCCAUACACCUCUAGAGACGAUAUAGCUCACUCAAUCAGAUCGAUUACUGAGAAAUUUGAGUCUAGAGAGAUAGACUCAAAGGAUCAAAUUUCGUUGCAAAUGUUAGCAGACAACAUGUAUAUGGGCCCCGGGACUCCACCAUUGGAUAUCUUAGUUAGAACAAGUGGUCAUACUAGGCUAAGUGACUUCAUGUUAUGGCAGUGCAAUUAUAAUUGUACUAUUGAAUUCACCGAGACGCUCUGGCCAGAUUUCAAAUUCUUAGGUGUAAUUUCAAUCUUGCUUAAGUGGAGUUAUUUUAAAACAAUGCAGCUGGAAAAUCAAAAGCCCAAGUCGGAAGCUAUACGAAGGAACACUCAGCAUUUGAAUUCAUUACCUACAGCGCCACCUUUUGCUUCAGUUACUGAUCGCUAA